CACCUCGAGCUGCGUGACGUCAGAGUGCAGGAGUGGCCUGGCGGAGGUUUGAACGGAGGCGCGGAGGCGCUGGGCGGGUGUACCGAGCAGUGCAGCUGUGAUGUCGGAGGAACGGAACCGGGAGAUGGAGGACGGCAGCACCCGGGAACGGGGAGACAUACGGGACAUUAAGCAGGUCUUGUUCCAGGAGGAGGACGAGGAGGACAGUGACUAUGGCAGCCACAAGAAGCUGAGGAAGGAGUCUCCACGUCGGGUGCUGGCCGGGCACGUGCAGUUCCCGGAUUUAUUCCAGACCAGGAACCUGCUCUUCUAUGAGCGAUUUGAGGCCUACAAGGAUUAUCUGCUGGGAGACUGUAAGCCCUCCGAAGUGACUGAGUUUAUAUCGGAAUAUUUGGAAGAAGCCCUGGUACCCUCCGGCUGGAAGGCAGUAUGGCGCACAGAUAUUUUUGAAGUUCUUUUGGAGGUGACGGACGUGUCCUGCUCCAGCCUGAAGGCCGUGGUCCAGGCAUGUGAGCCGUUCGUCUGCGAGUGCCGUAUGGAUUGCGUCACUGAGCAGAGCAUCCGCGAGCUGUUGGAAGUGAAGGAACAUAAGGUCCCCCUCCAGGAACUUUACGUGGUGUUUGAUUAUUCGGGGGAACUCGAUCAGACCGCGAUGGUUAUUGAACAUGUCAGGUUCUUCUACCAACACAUCUGGCGUUCCUGGGAUGAAGAGGAAGAAGACCAUAUUGAUUAUUUCACAAGAUGCGCCGAGCCGCGAUUACGCCUACAUUAUGACAUCCUGGAAGAGCGCAUUCCGUCAGAGCUGGUAUCUGAAUAUCACGCCAUCUUGUCUCGCUGUGAGGAAGUUUACUCACAGUUCAAUAACCUCCGGACCACGCUGUCCAACAGAGAAUCCGGCUCUGACAGUGAGCUGGAUAACGUGUCCAUGGUUGAAGGAAUAAAGAUGGACGGUGAGAUGGAGACUCUGAAAAGGAAACUUAAACUCAUUGAGAAUCCGCUCCUAAGGUAUCUCUUCUGUUACCAUAAAAGUCCUCGGUCCUAUAGCCUGAAAAGGAAAGGCCCACGUCCUGCGGGUGGAAGGGUCAUUCACGUUGUAUCCACAAGCAUGUCCUUCGAGACUUUGACAUGUCUGACACGGGAGCGACUGGAGCCAGAGGCUUGUAACCAAAAUCAGGAAAUACAGUUCCAUCAGGAUCUAUUGGAGGCUGUGAAUGCGUGCUAUGACGGGGACCUGGUCCUGAUGUGUCCUGGCCAGUACUUUGUGCACGGUCAGAUCUGCAUUGCGGACUCGCUACACUUAGAAGGCUAUGGCUUGACGGAUGACAUCAUUAUAGAAAAGAAAGGAAAAGGCGACAAGUUUAUCGAAUGCUGCGGCGCCUCUGUGAAAUUCUCCAACGUGAAGCUUAUCCAGCACGACGCAGUAGAAGGCAUUGUCAGUGUCCUCGGCGGUAAGACGGAGCUGGAGAACUGCGUGCUGCAAUGUGACACGACGGGGAUCACCGUGAAGAAGUCGGCAGAAUUACUGAUGAAGUACUGUGACUUGUAUGGUGCGAAGGGCGCGGGGGUGGAGAUCUAUCCGGGAAGCAGCUGCAGCCUGUACAACAACGGGAUUCACCACUGCAGAGACGGGAUUCUCAUCAAGGAUUUCAUUGACGAGGUUCAUGACUUUCCCAAAAUAACCCUGGAAAACAACGUCAUCCAUAACAAUGAGGGCUAUGCUGUUGUGUUGGUGAAACCUAGCGCCAUGUUGGAUUGUAUAAGGUCGGACCCGCACAUGGAAGGUAAAUCUCCAGAUGCGACUAUGGCAGAGGAAGAAGCCCAUCCAGAGGUGAUACAACGGGCAGCGGGGGAGAUAACGAAGGCAGAAGAUCAGGUUGAGCCGUCUGAGGAUCUGGUGGAGAAUCUUCUCAAUCCCGCCACUUCUGAGCCGGUAGCGGAGGGCGAUGGUGACCCUUCUCAUGGGGGCGAGGAAAGCAGUCCACCUCCCUUUGCCGAAGUGCAAAGCGAUUACUGCAUCGCUGGUGUGGAGGACGACGGGAACGAGGCCAUCGUAACUGAACUGGCUGCAAAUUCUAGAAGGAAGACCAUGAUACACAAGAAGAGACUGAGCACCUUGGGAAUCACCACGGCCGACGACAAACAGAUAAUGUCUCAGGAGAUGUUCGUCUCCGUCGCUGACAACCAGUUUAAGCGGAAUGGAAAAGGAAGCUUUGGGACCUUUCUCUUUUAACUUUAAACAAGCACCGAACAUUUGCACAAGCGGUUCCAAUUCGUCUUUCUUUACUUGAUCUUAAUUGUCCACCAUCAUUGCCAUAUAUUUAAUUUCUAUUCAUUGCACGUGUAUAUAUGAACGAUUCUCCUGUAGCUCUUUGCAUCUUAUUUUUUAUAAUUGCUCAUUAUGUAUCCUAAGGGCUGGGAAUAGCUCCUGGUGGGGAGUGUAAUAUUACCUGUAACUCCGUCGUGUGUACCAGGCACAACUAAUCAAACACCCAUUAAUCAAACGUGUUGAAUGCCAAUAGCAGUUACUGUAUCGGGUGUAUGUCUGCUGGGGGACAAAAUUGAACUUGAACGCAAGGCGCCUACUGGGCUUAUUAUACCCAUGAGUUUUCCACCUUCUGACAGCUGCAGUGUAGUCUUGUAUUUAUUCUCUUACAUCUGCACCUUUUUUUUGUGUUUCACUGAGACCUUUAUAUCUUCCCGGGCAGGAUGAUUGAUUGUGUUGCAUGUGAUAUGACUCUGCUGUUACAUGCAACUGUAUCCAGCAGUUGUAUGCACAUUAAAAUCCAAAUAUCUAAUCCAGAGCAUGGAAUCAUUCUAUCCCUGCGGAGGGUUGCACUUAUAUCCGGUUGCAAUCACUGGAUCAACAGCCAGCGUUAGUUUGGCGCAAUAUCGGAUCACUGUCAGGCCUUCUUCAUGCGCCUGUGGCAUGGGAAGAGGUUACACAUCUUCCAGCAUCUUUAGUUUAUUUAAGGAUUAAAAUAGUUUGACUUUUGGUGUCGUUGCGGUUUCCCUCAUGCACUAAACUUUCAACUCCCAAUUUAGACAGUCGGGUGCUAAUGGAAUUACAAUGUUAUCUGAGAAAUUACAGAAAUAGAGGUAGUCUGAAAUGUAUAAAACUCUAAACUCUGCCCAGAUGAUAUAAAGUUUUGGUGAAAAACACAGGAUUAAGGUGUUAAGAAUGAUCUUUUACAAACCGGAAAAAUGGUUGUCGGAAGAUGGAAAUAACUUGAAUACUAGUUGAUUAAUUAUGCAAAUAUGCUCCAGCCCUAAGUUAUUAGUACAUGUGAUUGGUACAAUGCAUGAUGAAGCAGAAGCCAGGUUGUGAAAAUGCGGAACGCAGUUCCCAUAUGUUCCUAUGGCAGGGAAGUGUCGCUCUUUCAGCUACAGGUGGCAAUGAGCGGUUUUAUUAUAAAUUAUUGCGCUUGCUGCGUCAGUCUGUAACCGCUGGAUGAAUUAUUGUACGGCGUCAUGAAGAUCAGUGUUUGUAUUGUGUAUUGUGUUCUUACACCACGUUAUCAGUGUCUCUGUGAAUAUAUCCUGCGCAAAACUAGAGUAAUAAAAGGGAAUGUCCCAAUUUGGGAUUUAAACAUCGACCUCUUGAAAUAAAGCCUCUGCACCUAC